AUGGAUUCGAAUGAUAUGGAUGGCGUCUGCCAGAAGGAUGUCACUUUUAAACAGAUUGAACAUGCUGUUAUAGAUGAGAGUUUUGGUCCUGAGGAGGAGAAGGCUCUUGUUAGGAAGAUUGAUCUGAUGCUUUUGCCUGUGAUAUGGAUUAUGUACUUGUUAUCUUAUAUGGAUCGCACAAACAUUGCGAAUGCUAAGGUAUCCGGCAUGGACGAAGACCUUGGCUUAACCUCGAACCAAUACUCAGUAGCCCUGGUGGUCUACUUUGUAGGAUACGUCGUAUUUGAAGUUCCUAGCAAUCUGGUCCUGGGUCGAACCCGACCAUCCAUUUUCCUACCCUCGAUCAUGGUUCUCUGGGGCGUACUCACCUGCCUCAUGUCAGUGAUCCAAAGCUACACACACCUUAUCGUUCUCCGUAUUUUGGUCGGAAGCGUGGAGGCCGGAUUUGCUCCCGGUGUUCUCCUUGUCCUCUCAUCCUGGUAUAAACGGACCGAGCAAUCGAAGCGCUUCGGUGUCUACAUCUCCGCUGCAGUUCUCUCGGGCGCGUUCGGUAGUCUGAUCGCCGCCGGGAUUAUGGACGGACUUGAAGGUGCCCACGGACUCCGCGGAUGGCGCUGGCUGUUUAUCGUCGAGGGUGCUGCUACCAUCGGCUUCGCUCUGAUCGCUCUGUUUAUUCUUCCCGACUUCCCUGCCACAUCACGAGGUCUAUCCGAGCGCGAGAAGCACAUUGCUGUAAACCGUCUAGCCAGUGAAAACGUAACUGCCGUUACAGAGGAUUCUGCACCCCUCAGUAACUGGGGUGCUAUGAAGAUUGCCUGUGGUGACUGGCGCACCUGGGUUUUCGUUGUUGGAUACAUGGUCAUCGUCGGAUCCAGCACUCUAACCUAUUUCUACCCAACUCUCGUCCAAGGAUUAUUCGGAAACGCCUCUACCGAGAAAAUUAACCUCCUUACCGUCCCUAUCUACGGCGCUGCAUUCGUAGCUACAGGCUUCACCUCAUACUUCAGCGACAAAAUUCCCAGCUGGCGAGGCUUCAUAAUCGCCUGCUGGUUAACCUUCUCGCUCAUCUGCUCAAUUAUCGUGUGUGCAGUGUACAACCACACAGCCCGAUACGUCCUCAUGGUCUUAAUGGCAUGUGGUCUCUGGGCUACGAACGGAGGAACACUCGCGUAUGCCUCGUCUGCAUUUGCAGGAAUGCAUCCACAGGCCCGAGGUGUCAGUUUAGCAUUGGUGAAUGCGAUGGGGAAUUUGGCUCAGAUCUAUGGAUCUUACCUCUUCCCUGAGUCGGAUAGCCCCCAAUACAUUAUGGGAUUCUCUGUUAUCUCUGCAAUGCUGGCAUUGGGAGUUGUUGUUUUUGCUGGGCUGCAUGUUUGGUUCCGUUGUCGUACACGGUCAUUCCUUGAGGAGUGA